AUGUUCACCCGCGCCGCCAUUCCCACUUUCCGUGCCGCCCGCACUCAGUUUACCCGCUCCGUCCGUGGCUACGCGUCGGAGGCUCCCAAGGCCGAGAAGAAGCCCUCCAACAUCCCCUUCAUCUUUGGCGGUGCCGGUGUUGCCGGCCUCGGUGUCUGGGCUUACCUCGAGCGCUCGGGUAAGCAGCCCCUUGCCCCCGCCGUCCCCGGUCUCAACGGCGACGCCUGGACUCCCCUUGCCCUUUCCGAGGUUGAGCAGAUCAGCGACAACACCAAGGUCUACAAGUUCAACUUUGAGGGUGACAACGCCGCCAACAAGACCGCCGGCAUCACUGUCGCUGGUGUCGUGCUCGUCCGCUCGCCCACUGGCGAGGGCCAGGUCAACGAUGACAAGGGCAAGCCUGUCAUCCGCCCCUACACCCCCAUCUCGUCUCCCGACCAGCGCGGCUCGGUCGACUUCCUGGUCAAGGAGUACCCCACCGGCAAGCUUACCCCUUGGCUCUCUCAGCUCAAGAAGGGUGACGAGAUUCUCGUCAAGGGCCCCAUGACCAAGUUUGAGUACGCGCCCGGCCAGUUUGACAAGGCCCUUUUCGUUGCCGGUGGUUCGGGUGUCACCCCUGCCUACCAGCUCAUCUCGCACGCCCUCGAGAACAAGGCCGACCAGACCAAGUGGACCUUCCUCUUUGCCAACGUGACCGAAAAGGACAUUCUUAUGCGCAAGGAGUGGGAGCAGCUCGCUGCCGCCAACCCCGACCGCCUCAAGGUCGUCUACUUCCUUGACAACGCUCCCGAGAACUGGACUGGCGAGUCGGGCUACGUCACUGCCGACCACAUCAAGAAGCACUUCCCUCGUGAGGAGGGUGACAAGGUCCGCGCCUUUGUCUGCGGUCCCCCCGGCCAGUACAAGGCCAUCUCGGGUGCCAAGAAGGGUCGCGACCAGGGCCCCGUUGGCGGUGCCCUCAAGGAGCUCGGCUACAAGGAGGAGGAGGUGUUCAAGUACUAA